AUGCCAAGCCAGAUCACGACCUCAUUCGCCACUGAUAUAUCCCCAACAUUUACCACUGGUGUACCGCGGCUUCGUGGUACCCUGCUCAUUACCAUGGAAGCGGCAAUCCGAUGGUCACCUCACUCCACUCGGGAAGACCCACGUUUCCUCAUCAUCGAUGUCGCCGGCAAUCGCCUCCGUCUCUGCCAAAUUGACUCUUUUGCCAAAGCUAAAGUCUCGUAUCGUCAAAUAUGCAUCCGUGACAAACUCCCCAACUAUACCGCCUUCGAUUGGUCCAAAAAGGAUCCCAGUAUCGUCGCUAUUGGAUCUGCGUCUGGAGAAGCCACUCUUGUGACUUUGGACCCUGAUAAGCCGGAUACAGACUACACACACUCAUUCUCGAUUCGACACCAGAGGAAGUGCAAUUCUAUUGCUUUUAGCAGUAAGAAUUUACUUGCUACCGGGUUGGAUCGCGUGAGGAACGAUGUUUGCUUGAACAUCUAUGAUAUUAACGAUUCGCGGUUUACGUCCAGAGAUGAGCCGUACAAGAAGCUCGCAAGCUCCGAGGCGGUAUCAAGCAUCAAGUUUUUUAAUGGUCAGCCAGAUACACUUGUUGCGGGCGUAUCGAGACAGUAUCUCAGAAUCUAUGAUCUUAGAGACUCUGGCACAACGGGAAUCGCCCAGUUCCAGACGAGGCAGGUGCACAAUAUUGCCAUUGAUCCUUUGGAUGAAAACUACUUCCUUUCAGCUGGGACAGCUGGAGAUCCCACGGUCACAGUAUGGGACACGCGGUUUGUGAAGCAACGAGGGACAUCAAACGACGCUGCGAACACUGGUGCUGUUCUGGAGUUCAAGCCAAUUGUCGACAAUCCCCAGUCUACGUCGAUUUGGAGUCUACGAUAUUCUGGAACGAAAAGAGGGACCUUUGGUGUUCUUGCAAAUACAGGAGAAUUCAAAAUAGUAGAACUCGCACAACAUACACAUCACACCUCGCAACCAUUGGAUCCUCCUUUUGGCCGCCCGUGGACAGCUCCAUAUUAUGUUAGAACCUCCCAUCGCCUACGGUAUCCAGUCUAUGACAAGGAUCACCGCCAGGAUAAAAAGGAUCGCGUGAUGGCAUACGAUUUCAUGACUAUCGGUAAUCCACUUUCUGGACAGUGUGCACUAGCAUUGUUACCGAACCGCGAAGUGGAGGUGGUGAAAGUGCCUGCAACAGCUCCGCGACUGAAUGUCAGUGCUCUGGGAGAAAUUUACAGAGAUCGAACCUGUAUCGCGGGGCCCACACCGCUUCGUGGCACGGUGGCAGAGGAUCUGAUUGAAGUGCAGAAUCAGGCUCUGGGCAAGAAGUAUGGGUACAAGCAAGGCCGAAAAACCGAUCUAUCAACUAGUGUGGACAAAUCGAAUCUGGCCAAUAGUCAACGCAGCCUCGCUCUACCAUCAGCAACACUAUCGAGUCACCAGUUGCACGAAGAUCUCCUCAACCUUGGCUAUCCAGAAGUGAGUGUAUCACUGUGCGAUUACCUAGCAGCACUCGAUACCCCCAAGCGUCGAGUCAUGGAAGGCUACUCGCUGGAGUGUUCUGAAAACAAAGCCAUCGUUUCCAAUGAUCCGUGGUUGGUGGAUGUAUGGACACUGAUAGACCGCAUGGAUGCUCUAGCUUCUGGUGAUGGCAUGGUAGGAAAUGGCUUGGAUCUCAAGUAUCUGGGAGUUAGCUCGAUAUGGGAAAACGAACUCACAAUGUACGACGAGCGACUCAUCGACCCCGAUGCUAAGACUAGCCAAGAAAUGUUCAGCAAUGCUGUAAAGGAGAUUGUUGAAGCCAUGGAAUUCCCCGCUUUUGAAGGCGUCGAGACCGAGUAUCCUGAGAACAGACAAUUAUGUCUAAGUCUAUGCGGCUGGUCUCUUGAUAAGCAGGGCGUCCAGCGGAGUUCCGAUCAGCUUGCUGCCAAUGGUGAAGUUUACAAGGCUAUCGUCCUCGCCUUUUUCCAAGGCCACAAAGACGUUGCAUUCACCCUCCUUCGAUCUACUCUCCAGCAGAAGAUACUUCCACAGGAUGAUAUUGGUCUUGCCGCCGUCAUCUCCUGUGCCUCUCCUUCUUCAGGCGUCUCCUCGGAUCAACGUGCCGCCUGUGCCUGGAUGGCAGACAUGACGUCGGACCCGUAUCUCAAAUCCCUCCUCACAUACUUUAUUUCCGGCGAAUGGACGAGUGUCGUAGGAAUGAGUCAACUCUCACUCUCCGACCGUGUCGCCGUAGCCAUAAAAUACCUGCCGGACACCCAACUCUCCCACUUCCUCUCCACCAUCACCUCGCGCUGCAUCGCCGAUGGGGAUAUAUCCGGGCUCCUUCUCACGGGGCUAACCUCACGGGCACUCGACCUUCUUCAAGUCUACAUUACAGCGCACCCGCCUCGCCUCCAGGACGCCGUGCUUCUCCUCUCCCGCGCCUGCCCCCUCUACGUCCAAGACGCACGCUGGGCCCUCUGGAAGGAAAUCUACCUCUCCCACCUGCAAACCUUCCGCGCCUUCCUCCAACGCACCCGCUAUAUCAAACAACACAACGCCCGCUCCGUCACUCGUGAGGGCCGCAGCACAAACAAACCCACCCAACCUAGCCUCACCAUCCGCUGUCUCAACUGCCAGCAAAACCUCGCGCUGAGAAAAGAUCCACGAACAGCAAGGACAAGGCUCGUACCCACCACUUCGGCUUCGACCACAGCUGCACCCGGUCAUGCCCACGCCCACGCCCACACCCCCACCAAACCCCUAACUCCCCAGCAACCAGUCUUCCCCACCGGAGGACGCCCGGGCACAAACACGACGGCCAAACAGACGGCCACCAAACACGGGACCACGUCCCCAGCCCUCGCGUGCCCCAACUGCGGCACCCAGAUGCCCCGCUGCGGCCUGUGCAUGAUCUGGCUCGGCUCUCCUGAUCCCAGCAAACCGGGGGCGGCGGAGACGCUGGCCAAGGAGGAGCUCGAGGCGCGGCUGAUGGUGUUUUGCAUGGCGUGUACGCAUGGCUUUCAUGGACAUCAUGCGCGCGAGUGGUUUGCACGGCAUAGCAUGUGUCCGGUGCCGGAUUGUGGGUGCAUGUGUGGGUUGUUGAAGUGA